AGCAAUAUGAAUGUCCAUGAUAACAAGGCCAUUCAGAGCAAGGUGCUGCAGCUCUCCAUGCGUUCCCCUGCUUCGGGAGAGAGUGACACAGUGGAGCUGAACCAUCGACACAAUGUGGGAAACGACAGGAUGGAAAAAGGGAGUUUGCUCAGUAAAACAGGGUACGAAUGCAAAGAAACCAGAGGCAAGAGCAGAAACAACACUCUGCUAACGGACAAUCUGGGCUUUGAGAACCAACAGGAACCUGAAGACAGCCUCAGCAUCAACACUUCCAAGAAAAAUGCCAAGAAUUAUAUUGGUGAUCUCAACAUAGCUCUUAAAGAACUUGCCAGAGUCAGUGAAGAAUUAUGCAGCUAUCAAGAGGAAAUUAGAAAGAAAUCCAACCACAGAAG